GAAGGCGAACACAACAACGCGGCACAGAGCUCAGUGCGCGAGCAAGCGUGAUACGGAAUGUACGUGUGGUGCGUCUUGCGCGGACGUUAACUCUGCGAUUUAUUUUUUUAUCUUUCGAUUUAUACGGCCAGAAUUAAAAACCUUUGGAGUAUACAGUCGAUAAACUGAAAAGAGUUUUUAUCAAAAAAGUUGACUUCGUGACAGUUCGCGCAGAAUUUUGACCAAAAUCUGUGAAUUUCCGUAUAGACGCGAAAAAAGUGAAGGAGACAUUUCGAAACAAAGGACUGUUUUGUACAUUUUCGCAACGUUUGCGAAAUUGUGUUCAAAAAUACUGAUCUGGCUCAAUCGUGGAGGGCAAUUUAAAAAAAACACUGCCCCUGGCCAACUCGUUCAGACACAAUCUGUGGUCACCGAACGAUAAAACAAAAACGCAACGAUUUUACUAGAUUACCACAAGGACUAUAUAUUUAUAAAGGUUUUCAUAAAAUUCUCGUCAAAAGUAUCGUGAACUUUUCCUCGGUUAACCUAAAAAUUACAGUGAGUUCGUCGACCUUACAAAUUCGUGCUUCAGUGGAUCAGUCAGUUUGCAGAUUUUUGAUACGAGAAAUUUAAGCACUAAAACCUGGAUUAAGUGUCGAGUUGGUUUUGCAUGAUGUCUACUGCCAUAAUGCAUCAGUCUGCGCUGUACGACUUUGGUGAUCUGUUCUUGAAGGUGAGUCCAGAUUUUGAGUUGGAUGAAAACACUGUCAUUAACCAAUCUCGACCAGUGCAGACUAUGAACGGCACACUGAGCGCAGCCCUUGGGCCAGUUGGAGCCGGAGCGGUAUCUGGUGCCGUCAAUUGGGAACAGCACCCCGUGCUGGCCCGCGCCGCCUCCGUGCCAGCACAUCGCGCUCUUGCCGGCUUGCUCGACCGCCUGGGCCAUCGCCGGCUCGAACGCACCACAAGCGAACCUGCUCCUCCUCCGCCAGCCACCAGCAGAUACAAGACCGAACUCUGCAGACCCUUCGAGGAAGCUGGCGUGUGCAAAUACGGCGACAAAUGCCAAUUCGCCCAUGGAAUGCGUGAACUGCGCAACCUACAGCGUCAUCCUAAGUACAAGACGGAGCUAUGUCGCACUUUCCACUCAGUUGGGUUCUGUCCAUACGGGCCACGCUGCCACUUCGUGCACAAUGCGGAAGAGGCGCGGCGACGCGAACCAACCUCACCUGGUGGUUCCUUGGCGUCCCUGUCGUCUGGCGGCUCCAUGGCUUCGUACAUGAGCGACGGGUCGCGCUCGCCGCGCUCGCCGCACUCUCCGCUGGCCCCGCAGUCACCGCUGGCGCCGCAUUCGCCGCCUGCCAUGUCUCCUCCUGCGCACGCUACGGCGUUCGCUUUCCGUCGCACGCAGUCUCCCGACCCCGAAGAGGAGCGACUCCCCGUGUUCAAUCGUCUCUCGUCGGCGUUCGGGGAUCUCGUCAUCGCCUAGGGCCUUGCAACCGCCUAGUCCUAAGUUAACUUAUACCGAACAUAGCAUAAGGAUCGUCCGUCACCUUAGUGCCUACUCGACGUCUUCCAGCCAGCGCCCGAGCGGCGUCCGCUCGUCGCGCAUUGCGCACACGCACACCCGCUCAACAAAUGAUCUCCAGUUUGUCGAUGCUAUUUUGCUACUUCGCCUUGUAAUUUAUAAAGUUAACGAAACGAAGUGUUUUCUGGCGUCUCGAAAGUUUGCGGUGUGAAGUAUAGUGGUUUUGUACCUACAUUUUUAGUUAUCGGCACGCACUUGUAAAUGGCACCUUAUAAUAUUAGAUAUUUAUUGUGUAGCUCGCGGAAGUCUUCCCGAUGAUCCUCCGCCGAGCGGUGGUCUCUGUAAAGUUAGCUUAUAGAACAUUUUAUUUAUUUCGUACUGCCUAUCCGCGCUCGGUACUGUACCGCGAGAAGGCGCUCGUGAUCUAUUUUUAAGGGUUUAAGAUAAUAAUUUAUUAUUUAUUUUGAGUCUCUUUAACUGUAAUAAUUAUUUUAUUUUGUAGCUAGCAGCUGCGAUGCCGCACCGCAUACGGACGAGGCCCGCGUCGCCGGGACGUGGCUCGUUACCAUAUACUAACUCGACUGAUUCUGCACCAGCACACAAAGUUACUAUUUUAUUACCGUCACUGCUAUACAUGAUACGGACAGAAUCAGUCGAUCAACCACUCGGGAGCUCGAUGGGCCUGUGGGUCACUACUGCAGUUUCAUUAAUCUCGAAUAUUAUAGUCGACCUCGGCAGACAAAACCGAAAGUGCUCAAUUGUGGCUGCGUGCCGUACUAUAAUCUCCGGCUAGCCGACACCGCUAGCGAUCUUCUCCGGCCCAUCUGAGAACUAUCGGCACGAUCGCUCCGCGCUCGACUAGUCUGCCAAGAGUUUUUUUUCUUUUAGUCUCGUGCGAGGAGGACGAGAUGCGGCCCGAAACCGGUUCCAAGUUUUGGUGAUUAUUUUUGUAGUGGUCGCGCCGAGUCCCUCCCGGCGCUCGCGUCCGCCUCGCAAAAACCGCCAGGCCCGAGCCUCUGAGCACUAGCCCGCCGAACUCCCGAGCUCUCGUACCGAUAAACCUGUAUAAAGAUAUGACACAAUAAUAUAUGAAACAUGUUUAUACAAUUGUUGUCGGCGAGCGGUCGCCGCGCGGGGCGCGGGCGUUGCCGCUGCCCGCUCGCCCGCGCUCCGCCUAAAGUGUGCCUUUUACUUUAUAAACGAGAUAAAUCGAUUUAUUUAAUUUUUAGUUGAUCGAGAUAGAAUAUUGUUUAUUUAUUGUCUCCUUUUGAAUAUAAUAUUCAAAUUGGCACAGUUAUUACUUUAGUCCUACUUUGACAGAGCUAAGUGAUUAGUUUCCAAGUAGAAUAGUUUUCUUUUGAAUUUAAAGUGUGAUAUUUUAUAAUAUUUAUAUAAAACAAAGUUUAAACUUUAAAUUAAGGGACCAAUGUAAGUGAUUAGGAGAAAUUCUGAUAGAACCAUCGUAUGCUAUCGAAUCUUACCAAGAGACUGUAUCCUCGCGCCACAUAUUGAUGAUAUUUUUGUUACAUGUCAGAUCUACGAGUUCUUUCUUAUAAUGUAAUACAAUAAAACGACAUUUGACCAAUACUGGUUUUGUGUUUAAUUAUUAUUCAGCUUUAUAGAACCGAGAUGGUAUUUUUUAUUUUGUUUACUAUUUUUAGUUUCAGUUUUUCUCCCUUUCUUAGCGAGUCGUUGCAUGGUGACCACAAGAUAAUAAUUUUGUACCUAAUGUUAAGGAAUUUUUAGUUUUUAAGCGUUCAUAAAGAUCACGAUUAUUAUUUAUUAUCAGUUCAUUACAAACUAUAAACCAUUAAAACUGAUUUAUUUAAUUUCUUUUGUAUUUAAACCGACAUUUAAGUUGUACGACUUCUUGUAACUUAAUGUUAGUAAUAUAUCAUGAGUCAUAUAAUAUAACAGGUUAGUUUAGUACCUACGACACUUGUAAUUAAGUAUUUAAUUUUUUAAUUUAAUUCCAACUGUAAGUUAAUCUUCCAAAAAUGACUACUACGUAUUCUAUUUUCUUAUGGACAAAAAAAUUAAGUAUAAAGCUUAAUUAUGACAUUUCUCCUGUAAGUUACUUUUUUUCAUCUGCAUUUUUAUUGAAUUAUAGUCAAAAUAAUGUUUAA